AGAAAACCACAAUCAGCAAGUCAUGAAAUGCAGCUAUAAAAGAGGUGUGAGUCUUUGACUCAGGGGCAUGAUGAAGACAUUGCAUAUCCUGCUGCUUGCUGCAGCUUUCACCAUCCUCACUUUUCAUGGCACACAUGGAGAGGACAUCAUCAAUGGCCAAAAAGCCAAGGAGAACUCGUUUCAGUUCAUGGCAUCUGUGCAGUAUAAACACGUGCACAAAUGUGGAGGAUUCCUUAUAAACCCCAGCUAUGUGCUCACUGCUGCCCACUGUUACUUUAGUACAAACAGUCAAUACCUUAGUGUUGUCCUUGGGAGUCACAACAUUGAUUCGAAAAUGAAUAAUCUGAGAAGAUACUUAGUGCAAAUUGUGUACAUCCAUCCAUCAUACGACGGAUAUCCUGUUGCCGGGUCUGACAUCAUGCUCCUGAAGCUUUCACAAGAAGUCAAUCUGAAUGAUAAACACAUGAAGAGCAUCAAAAUCUCAAAAAACCCUCAACUGGAUACCAAUACAAAGUGCCAGGUUGCAGGAUGGGGAAAAACUGAAAACCAACGCUUUGAGUCCCCAAUCUAUGACCUCAUGGAGGCUGAUGUGUCCAUCAUUAAUAUCACAGUUUGUAAGGAGGAAUGGGCUAAAGUGCGCACACGUCUCCCAGAUAACAUUCUGUGUGCAGGAGGCUACAAAACCAAAAGUGGAGCAUGCCAGGGUGAUUCUGGAGGACCUCUGGUGUGUAAUGGUGUGGCAGUGGGCAUCGUGUCUUUCAAUUAUAAUAAUAAUUGCGAGUAUCCAGAUGUGCCUAAUGUCUACACUGAGAUUUCACCUUAUGUUGACUGGAUUAAGAAAGUGAUCGAAGCAGAUCGUUAAGGUGUAUUUCUUUUUCAUGGGUUGCUUAACUUGGUGUCAUUUAAUCAUUACAUUAAAUUGUAAUCCAUAAAUUAGAAUAAAGAGGCAGAACA